UAUGCGUAACUUCGAUUUCAAAAAUAAAAUUGAUUAAAUAUUUUUUAUCAACAAAUAAAUAACAAAUUUAUAUGACAACAUUUGUCGAAGCCAAAACAGAGUUCAGUUGAAAUUUUGUGUGAGAAGUGCAAAGAAGUGCCGGCUUUAAGCUACAAAAAAGUGUACACAAGUCUAAAUUCAUACAUACAUACAAACAUACGUGAAACUGUGAGGAAUAUAAAAGGACAUUUCGUGUUCAAAACAUUUCACAAACUACAGUUAACUUCCUCUAAAGUUAUCACCCAAUUAUGUUCGUGAUUGUUUUACUUGCCUGCUUGGCACUCGGAGCAGCUCAAUUAGAAGAAAAUGACGCAUGUGAAACGGAACACUAUAAGGGAAAUUGUGCUGUCAGCCUAAAUUGUCCGCAACUACCCGCUUCUAUGACCACAAUGGGUCUCACCAGUAAAGAUGUCGGCCAUUGUGGUUUUACUGUAAUUGAGGAGAUUAUUUGUUGUCCGGACAGUGUUGAUAUCAGUGCAACUACUGAGAAGCCGCCGGAGUUUACGACUAUGUCAUCGCAAACGAUUCGUGACAUGCUGAGCGCACUUCCUGCGGAUCAAAGGAAGCAAAAACUACUAGAACUGAUUAGAGAAGCAUCUGGUCGUGGAGGUGGUGGCAGUCGGAAUUCAACAGCAAAGCCUUAAUACUUGUCGACCGAACCAUGAUUGACUUUUGAUGAUACGAAUCUCCGAUCAACAGAUCACCGAACUGAGAAUCCCUCUAGUUCGCCUUUUUAUACUUGAUACUACGGUGAGGAUGGUAAUUGCAAGCAGCCGUUCUCAAUCUUCACCGGUCGACGACUGCGGAUAUGCAAACUACGUAGCGCAGUUUUGUUUAAAAUGUCAGCGUUGCCGCUCCAAAGUACACUGUACAACACUUUCACAUCGCAUUUAACCUCAAAUUGUCUUAGAUAGUUAAGUAGAAUGACAGAAGUUGUGGUAAGUUUGUAGAAAAUAAAUAUAUAAAAUAAGUAAAUAUUUAUAAAAAGUGUGAAAAACUAAAAAAUAUACCUAAACA